CCCGUGGGAGAACCGGGUGAGGAAGGUAUACAAGGUCCUCCGGGUGACUACGGUGAACGUGGACUGAAGGGAGUAGUUGGUGAAAAAGGCGACCCUGGUCCAAUCGCUGCUGAUUGUCCUCCUGGAAGUCCCGGUAAACCGGGCUCGAUCGGAAUUGCUGGAGAGCCUGGGACACCAGGUGAACCAGGUCUAAAAGGUGAAAGCGGACGAAUAGGAAACAAGGGAGAACCAGGUCCUGUUGGAAUCGGUUCAUGGGGAGAACCGGGAGAAGAUGGCCUGCCUGGAUUGCCGGGAUUACAAGGUGAACCUGGAGAACGUGGCGCACCCGGGAAGCCUGGACAAGAAGCUGCUGAAGGUGAUGUGGGUGAGCCAGGUGAACGCGGUCCUACUGGAGAAGUUGGAGAUACAGGUGAACCUGGACCCGUUGGUCCACAGGGUCCUGAUGGUCCAAAAGGUCAGAAGGGUGAAGAAGGCAAACCUGGUCCGGAUGGUAAGGAUGGCGUCGACGGUCAGACAGGAUCACAAGGAGAUGUGGGUCCCGAAGGUGAACGAGGUCCAGAUGGUGUACCUGGAGAGACGGGUCCAAUUGGAGUCGAAGGUCCUAAGGGUGAAGCUGGUGUCGCUACAAAAGGAGAGAAAGGUGAAUUGGGUGACGAGGGUGACCGUGGAGAUCCAGGUGAGAUUGGUGAGGUAGGCACGGAUGGCGAGGUGGGAGAAUCGGGCGAUUCCGGAGAAAAGGGUGAAAAAGGUCAGCCCGGUUUGGUAGAGGGACCUCGUGGAGAUGAAGGUGAGCCUGGAGAAAGAGGUGAACAAGGUCACGUUGGACCAAAAGGUUCCGUUGGAGAACCUGGCCCAAGGGGACCCGAAGGAAUGAAAGGCGAGCCCGGACAGACUAACUACUCAUCGGUAUUGUUUGCGCGACACUACCAGACACCGGAUGUUGAUUUGGUCUGUCCUGAUGGGACAACUAAAGUGUUUUCGGGUUACAGUUACGUCAUGGGUGGUGGUGUGGACGAUUUGGUCAGCAUGGAUCUUGGCACUCCCAGUUCAUGUUUGAUCAAAUUCAGCUCACUUCCAUUGACUCAAUGUGAACGAGACACAAUGUGCCAAUCGAAUAUGCGCCACGAACGGUCCUAUUGGCUAGCCACUGCCGUGCCUCGAUCGGAAAAACCGUUACCGGUGAAUGAAACGACAGAUCGUAUUGCUCGUUGUGUGGUCUGCGAGGCCCCCACACACGUGUUCGCUUUUCACAGUCAGGCUGAGACAAUGGAACCGUGUCCGAAUACGUGGAAGGAAUUGUGGACCGGAGUCAGUUUGAUUUUGCACACAUCCGGUAAACACGGCGGUGGACAACAGUUGUCCUCACCGGGUAGCUGCAUGGAACAAUUCCGAUACUCACCGGUGAUUGAGUGCAACAACAAUGUGGGCAUGUGUCACUAUUGGUCCGAUGCAAAAGUUUACUACUUACGAGCGCUGGAUCACAGCCGAACACAAUUUGAAAAACCGCAAGGAUUCACCAUGAAAGCUGCCGAAGGCCCGGUACUGAACAAUGUUAGCAAAUGCCGCCAAUUUCGACGAGAAUUGAACUGUUCCGAUCGCUGUGAUGAAAAUACUUGCGUGUGUUACGGCCCAAUGGGUCCGAUGGGUGAUCCUGGCCCGAGAGGUUUCCCCGGACCUGUUGGACCGAAAGGUUAUCCAGGUGAACCCGGACCGGUAGGCCCUAAAGGACAGAAGGGUGACCCCGGUGCAGAUGGGCCUGAUGGACCUGUCGGUGACCGCGGUGCACCUGGAGACUUUGGCCCCCCGGGACAUCAUGGAGAACACGGUAGCAGCGGAGAACCGGGAGAAAAAGGUGUCAAAGGUAUCCCAGGAUGCCCGGGUAAUAAGGGUGAUCCUGGUGACGCAGGUGAUCCGGGGCAUCGAGGUGUGGACGGUGAACGAGGUCCACCUGGUGAAGAUGGUGAACGUGGUGAUGUUGGAGAUUCUGGGCCAGGACGAAGAGGACCACCGGGACCGCGAGGAGACCCGGGUAUACCUGGUCCAAAGGGUGACAUGGGACCGCUGGGACCUCGAGGUNNAGGAGAUCGCGGUGAAGAUGGUACACCUGGUCCUAUGGGAGAACCCGGUGAUCCCGGGGAAUCGAUCAUUGAAUCACAGACACCCGUGAAAGGAAUGCGUGGCGAGCCCGGUGAUCCUGGCGACCCAGGACAGAACUGCACAGUCACUAUGCUUGACCCAGAUCGGAAAGCUUUGAUCGGACCACCUGGUGAUCGGGUAUGCGAUUUGUUUUAA